CAAAAUUUCGCGGAUCGUUUUGUGUAGUUUUUCCGGUGUUUCCUCGGUUUAAAUGCACACUAGCCGCUGGCCAAUAUUUGACCGUACGUUACGAAGAUGUUUCCACGCGACACAAUCCGCCCCACGACGAGGAAUUCCAAUACGGCGCCUACUAGGAUACGGAGUCGCCGGUAGCCUCGCGGGCGGAGUUGCUUACGACGGAGCACUAACCGGUUUCGAAAACGUGCACGGUGCUCGACGAUUCUUGCGUUCGUUCUUGAUUGGGCUCAGCAUCACCGUUGAUUACGCUUGGAAUUUGCGUAAUCUACAGGAAGGAGAUGGCCGGUACGAAACCGUACUCCCAGAGAUUCACCUACGAUCGGCGAAGAAACUCCUCGAAGGAUGUCUGGCCAACGGAGGCCUAUACAUUAAAAUCGGCCAAGGAGUGGCCGCCGUUAAUCACAUCAUCCCGAAGGAAUAUGUCGAUACGUUACGGCAGCUGGAGGAUCGUUGUCUCAUCCGUGGCCCCGACGAAGUGCGCACGAUAUUCAUUGAGGAUUACGGAGCACCGCCGGAGAAGGUGUUCGAUAACUUCCACUACGAACCGAUUGCGGCCGCCAGCUUGGCGCAGGUGUUCCGUGCAGUCACCAAGGACGGGCAGCAUGUGGCAGUGAAGGUGCAGUAUGCGGAUCUGCGCAAGCGGUUCGACGGUGAUCUGCGUACGAUCAUGUUCCUCCAGCGGCUCGUCGCACUCAUCCAUAAGAAUUACAAUUUCGGAUGGAUCAUCGAGGAUCUGCAGGGUUCGCUGCGCGAGGAACUGGACUUUGUGCACGAAGCAAAGAACGCCGAACGGUGCGCCAAGGAUCUGCGGCACUUUGAUGCCAUUUACGUGCCCAAGGUACACUGGGAGCUGACGAACGAGCGCAUUCUGACGACGGAAUUCAUCGAUGGCUGCAAAAUCAGUGAUCGACGAUCGAUCGAAGCGUUGCAGCUGAACGUUUCCGAGAUCGAUCGGCACCUGUUUCAGGCGUUCGGAAGGCAAAUAUUCUCCACCGGGUUCGUGCAUGCUGACCCACAUCCCGGCAACGUGUUUGUCCGUAGGAACCCCGAGAAACCGCACAAUGUGCAGCUGGUACUGUUGGAUCAUGGGCUCUACGAGCAUCUGGCGCCGGAUGUUCGAGAGAAUUUGUGUCGUUUUUGGGAAGCGAUAGUGUUGCGCGAUCAUGAGGCCAUGAAGCGGCACUCCAGUGCACUGAAUGUGGCCGAUUAUCGAACGUUCGCCGAAAUUUUGCUGCAGCGCCCGCUGGAGCUGAAGGGAGGAGCAAAACUUUCCACACGCCUGACCGAUCAAGAUUUGGCGUACAUGACGAAACAGGCGAAGGAACACUUUGAUCGUGUUAUGGUCACGCUGAAAAACAUGCCACGGAAUUUAAUCUUAGUCAUACGCAACCUCAAUACGGUUCGUUCAAUCGCUCGCGAUCACGGUGAUCCAAUCGAUCGACCGCGUAUCCUCGCACGCUGUGCACUAGCCGCCUUGUGUCCCUCCGGUCGCAAUGUCUUCAACUUUCUCUGGAUCAGUUUCCGGAUGUUUCGUUUCGAGUACCUGCUCUGGCGCCAAUCAUUCCAUUACUGGAUCGCGACUACCUAUCUAAGGUUGCUGACGAAAAUUGGCCGUUCGCCGGACACUUCGCACUUGCUUGAUAUUCAGUAUGACGUCUGAUGUUCGUUAAGCUAUUAAUUGAUUCGAUUAUUGAUCGAACCGAGCGUGUAAGCCCACUCGUGAGAUUUCACGUAGAGGUUAAUGUAGAUAGUAGUUGCUUACGAUAGUAAUA